AUGGGCACUGGCGGCCUCGUGGUUUUCCGCAGUGUUCGAGACGGGCAGAAAAGCAUCUUUGCUUGUAUCUACUUCCAAUGUGACGGAUACUAUACAUCUCUGGGAGUUCGACUUGCCGAGUUUCUGCAGAGCUGCGAACUCGUGAAUGGGUUGAGCGGCAAGCCAGCGCCGCCCGGAAAGAUCAUUUGCAACGGCUUUGGCUGUCUUGUCGCGCAGUUCAUUGCAGAAUUCAAGACAGGACCUGGUCACCUUUACAUCUUUCCGACAGACUGCAAGCUUGAAAUGGAGUUCGUCUACGUUGUGGACUUUGAUCAGAAACAGCCUUCGGAGCCGUUGUCGGUUAAGUCUUGGAUGCAUGCGAACGCUGAUCCGGAGAGCCUCAAGUCCAUGAGCCCUGCUGAGUUCCAUGCAUUCAGUCUGCGAGGCGGCGACGACGAGGAAACCGAUGCGGAGCCCGCCGCUGCUGUCCCGAAGACCCCCCGAGUCUCUGCAAAGGCGCUUUCAGAUGGCUUGCUCCGUGCGCGGGCACUUCGUCGAAGACUUCACCACAGACAGGAAGUCGUGCAGCGCGAGAUCCGAACGUCGGCUACACUAGCUGUGCACCGAGUGCUCUUCAUCAGUCUGGCACGCCAAACCAAACGAAGGCACGCCUUUCUGCUACAGCUACAUCGAUUUCCGGAGUUGCUGAGCCGGGUGGAGUGGCUCCGGGCGGUUGAUGGAUCAAGCCUUCAACUGGACAAGGUGCCACUGCGAACCGUCAGUCCCCAGGGCAUUCAGGAUGCCGGAACGCCCCACCCUAAAGUGCUGGGCUACAUUCUGACCCGCGGUGCAAUUGGCCUGGCUCUCUCAAUGCACGAAGCCUUUGAACUGAUUGCACUGGACAAGGAGGAGGACCACGUGUAUCUUCUCUGCGAGGACGAUGCGAUGUUCGCACCGAGCUUCGCCGAGGAGUGGAAACGGCUACUACACGCAACCAAGCUUCACGACCCACGGUGGGAGGUGCUUCACGUUGGCUUCCAUGCUGCCUGCACCACCAUCAGGAGCUGCGGAGGGGCUCCGGAGGUCGGAGACCCCGUGCAGGAGCUCAAUACCUUCAAGCAGUUUUACAAAGACACGAUGCUGGUCCAAGCGAGAAAGCACGGCAAGAGUGGUGGCAUUCAAGGUGCCUUCGAGGAGCUCGGAGGCGGCAACGAUGGUCAGGUCACAAGAGAAGAGAUGGUGAAGUAUCUUACGAGGAACAACUACCCCGGCGAUGCGAAUGCCCUGUUUGACCUGGUGGAUGUCGACAACGAAGGACUGAUCACCAAAGCUGAGUUCGGACAGAUGACGGAGCUUGACUUCAUCAAGAAAGGUCCUGUGCGAGCCUUCAAGAACUUCUUGUGCAAGAAGUUCGGGAAAAUCGAGGAAGCCUUCAAGAAAUUGGACACCACUCACGACAAAGAGAUUGACUCAAAAGAGUUCGUGGCGAGCGUGGAGAACUUGGGCUACGAGGGCGAUGCAGACAUCAUGUUCCAGCUCCUGGAUGAAGACAAAGACGGGAAAAUCACCCUCGGCGAGCUCAAAAAGCUGCUGGGGAAGCUGAAGAAGGUGGAGGAGGAGAAUCCCAAUGAAGGCGAGCAUGAGCUGUCCACUCCCACAAAUGACAAGAAAGGCAAAAAAGCCAAAAAGCACAAGCCCGGUGUGCGCCAGUAUCUCUUUAAUGCUGACGUGCUGAGCACUCGGCAGAGUGCCCAGUCGGCCGACCAGCUGAACUGUUCGGAUGCUACGGCGUGGCGCUGCGGCCGGCUGGUGUGGACACUGAGCUUUCACGGCUGUCCGGGGUAUCAGCACUUCGCCAAAGAGGUUGGCUCCCUGGAGGUUCGAGCUCUGAGCCGGCGGCCGGCAGAGUUUACCCCUCUACGGGCCUAUGCCCCGCGCUGUCCGCAAAACGAGGAGCAGGCAUGUCGUGUUUCCUGGCCGGGACCUCUGAUCGUGGCGCCUGGCUCCACCGCAGAGAACACGGAUAUCCAGGUUCUGAGCAUCCAGAACCAUGCGAAGCAAUACGAGAUGUGUGUCUCUGCAGAUGGACAGGCUCACAUGCCGGUGGAUAGUUUGGAGCUGGAGACAUGCUCCUUCUCGGUGCAGGGCUCCACCUUCGAGGUGCCAAAGCGGUAUCACAUAGAUGAGCCCAUGAGUCACGGAGCUUAUGGCAUCGUCGUAUCCGCUGAGGAUAAGGAGAUCGAGGAGAAAGUUGCGCUCAAGAAGAUCGAGGGUGUUUUCGAGCACAUUACGAUCGCCAAGCGCACGCUCCGGGAGCUCCGGAUCCUGCGACAUCUACAACACGAGAACCUCAUGCAGGUCAAGAACAUUUUUAUGGUGGGCUCCAGAUAUACCUUCCAGGAGCUGUAUGUUGUUUCGGAACUCAUGGAGACCGACUUGGCUUCUACCUUGAGGUCUUCUCAAAUGUUGACAGACGAUCACUGUCAGUUCUUUUUGUACCAAAUCCUCCGUGGUAUGAAGUACGUGCACUCAGCUCAGGUCAUUCACCGGGACUUGAAACCAAGAAAUCUGCUGGUGAAUAGCAACUGCGACCUCAAGAUCUGCGACUUUGGCUUGGCCCGAGUGCGCUUCUCCGACAAAGAGUGGGUCUGUCCCAUGACAGAGUACGUUUGCACGCGCUGGUAUCGUGCUCCAGAGGUGCUGUGCUCUUGGACAGACUACUCGUGUGCCAUCGACAUUUGGUCGAUCGGCUGCAUUUUGGCUGAGAUGUCGACCCGCAGACCGCUUUUUCCAGGGCAGAGUACUCAAAACCAGCUGGACAUGAUCAUCGACCUUCUCGGCUCCCCUGAUUCUCAGGAGCUCAUGAAGAUUCCGAACGAGAAGUGUCGGAAAUUUAUCAAGUCGCUGCCGGUCCAUGCGACCAAGAGCUUUCCAGAGGUAUUCAAGUCGAUGCCAGAACCUGCGGUAGACAUCCUUAGGAAGAUGUUGCGCUGGGACCCUUUGAGUCGACUCAGCGUGGAGGAGGCCAUCGCGCAUCCUUACCUGGACAAAUUGCAUUGCCCCGAGGAUGAGCCGACCAGGGAGCCCUUGGAUACGACGGACUUCGAGUUUGAGAGGCGGAAGAUUACGCUGCCGGCCCUUCGGGAGGAGAUUUUUAGAGAAGCUCUGGAGCAUUUCCCAGAGGUGAAGGAGCGCUUCGACCAGGAGAUUCGCUCCGGAAACGAGAAGCCCCACGACAUCCUCCAGUACCGGCUCCUACUUCCCGGGGAAUCCCAGUGCGCCGUUGCAGCGUUGCAGCCCUGCGGUACUCGUCAGAUGAAGAGUCCGGUGAGGCAAGUCGACGUCCGUCUCGUUUGCGAUGCGCUGAACGGCUGCACCUCCGCAUCUUCUUUCACAUUCUCCCCUUUCCUGGGUUUGGGCACAUGGAGCCGCUGGCCGAGCGAUUGGCCCUCCAUGGCUCCAGAGGUGAGUGGCGAGGACGUUGCAGAAGGCGAGGGCGACGAUGUGAGCAAAGCCCUCCAUCCAGCAACCUCGCUGACAGAACCAGAACCGACAUCUCCGGAGGUCGAGGUGCGGCUUCAGCUUCUUUGGGCCCUUUGCCAGGCGCAGAACGGGCUGUGCCAAGAUCAAGAAUUACUGCACCAGGCCGCCACAGUCCAGGAAGAGGUCUCCCGACAAUGCGAUGUCCUUCGACAGGAGCUGCUGCACGUAGAGGCCGAGCUUCAAGCACUUCGGCAUCCCACCGGACCACCUUCGCCCAGGUCCCGGGAGGACGACAGUGAGGAUGAUCGCGAGCUGCGCCAAGCUCGGCAAAACCACGACGAGUUGGAGCGGGCACUCCACCAGGCGGAGCUCCGCCUCCGCGAGGUGCAGAUGCAACCGGAGCAGGACGGCGAUUCAGCCGAUCAUCCAGAGGAGACCGGCUUCACUGCCCCUGAGCAAGAGAAUGCUGAGGCGAUUGUUGCUGAGAUUCGAUCCCGUCGGCGUUCAGAACAGGAUGCAGCGGAGGCCCAGCGGCUUCGACAGGAUGAGCUGCUGCAGAAGCUCCAGCUCUUGGAGGCCAGGGGUCGGGACGAUCGGUGGGCCUUACGAGAAGAGUUGACGGAGGCUUGUGUUCAUGGAGAAGUGCUGCACUCGGAGAUCAGUGCCGAAAGGAAAGCCCGCGAAGCCACACUUGAGCGUUUGCGAGAGGAGGAGGUUUACCUCGUCGGCCAGGUGAGCGAAGUCCAGGAAGAAGCCGACCAUGUCUCGAGGAGCUCCUAUUGGUCGGUGCACAGUGAGUCGAUCUGCUCCGAUUGGUCCGAGGUGGCACGUGCCCGGGCGGCUCUCGAGCCCUUUGACAUCAGCACUCCCCGCGGCCAGGCUUCUUUGACUCCCUCUUCGACGCAGGCGGACUCCCCAGGGCGCGCUUCCUUGCUUUCAGAACUUCGGGGAAGUCGACGAGAGCGAACUCGCGCUUCACUGGCAGGAUACCGCCCGCUUCAGCAGGGCGAAGUAUCGACGGAUCCAGGCGAUCCGGAGCAAGUGUCAACUGCACCCGGGCAAAGCAAGGCCCGACCUCGUGGAGAGCGUCGGCGCACCUCCUUGGCUGCUUUUCGCUCUGUCAACCGACUGGGCCAAGCGAAGGCCGGCAAUCUCCAAGCCUCUGCGGCCCCAGGCUCAGCACAGCGUCUCAGCGUAAUUGGGGAGGAGGAGAUUUGUGCUAUAGGGCCACGCAAAGAGCUGCAGGAGACUUUGCAGACUCCACAGGAGCCUGGCAGACGGAUGGAGACCUCGGUCCCAGAGGAAAGUCGUUCUCCAAGCCUUGCCCGAAGCAGAGGUUCUGAGGAUGUGACCGCUGCGAGUUGCCGCGGAGUAUUGGAAUGGACACUCUGCCAGCAAGAUGCCGCCACGGCUCGCUCAGACGAGCGGUCGUCUCCACAGUGGGCUGGCCCAAGUCUUUUCCAAGUGGAGCAGCUGGCCACUGGUCGAAAGGUGUUUCGUCUCUCGCAGCGGCUUGCCAGUCCUGUUUCAGAGGAGCUCUCCAUCCCGCUGCUGGCGAUUGCAGCCGUUCGCGAAGACAAGGAGGAUCCUCUUGGACUCGUCUUCGUCGUGCGCUACAAGGCAGUUGGCGAGCGAGUUCAGGUUCACUUUCGAGCCGCGACAAAAGAAAGCCGUUCCUCCUGGGUGUCGUCGCUUUGCCAGGCCAUUCAUGAUGCUCGCACGUGCGCAAGGCCAUCGAAAGUCGUGGAAGCGAAGGUGAGUGAGCAGAUGCAAAGCGCUCUGCGCGUGUAG